UUGACGGAGGGAGAAGACAAACAACAAAAACAAAACGAGGAUCUCAGCCCUUUUCUCUACUAGUGUCAGAUCAUCUUUGGAAUUGCAUUUUUAUUCCGUCUCUUCGUCCCUCUUACAAACCAGUCGUGGCAAACUAAAAGAAGUUGCUUCGUGUACUCCAGGGUCCUGCCAGGUCCUCCAAUGAGAGAGCAACUGCACCAGAAAACUUCAGAAAAAGAAAUGUCUGCGACCAUCUUGUCCGCUUUCUAUGACAUCGACAUGUUGUACAAGCAAGAUAAAAGCCUGAAUAUGAAUGCAAUUCAUAUCAACAGCAUGUUGGACAAGAAGGCUGUCGGGGCUCCUGUAACAACUUCUAGUACCACCAACAACUGCUCCUACACUCCGGGAUUUUUCCGCCGCAACUCCACCAGCAAUAUGGAUUCAAUGACCAACAGCAACAAGUACCCUGUCAGUUCCUACAAUAACAUGAAGGAAAGCCCAGCUAACACUAGCACCAACACCGCCAUCAUGAACAAGGAGAACAAGUUUCGUGACCGUGCAUAUAGUGAAAACGGGGAGCGGAGCCAGCAACUGCAAGUUCUGCAGAAGCCUGGGUCUCAGAUCAACUCGACACGUUACAAAACAGAGCUGUGCAGGCCAUUUGAGGAGAACGGUGCGUGCAAAUACGGAGAAAAGUGUCAGUUUGCUCAUGGGUACCACGAGCUGAGGAGUCUUUCUCGGCACCCGAAGUACAAAACCGAGCCCUGCCGCACCUUUCAUACCAUCGGCUUUUGCCCAUAUGGCCCUCGGUGCCAUUUCAUUCACAACGCAGACGAACGAAGACCAGCCCCAACUAACGCAAAUAUCCAGGGAGAGCCCAAGACGACCAGAGAGCUGUGUGGUUACGGUCAGAGGGAGGUGGUGCAACAGCCAGGCGCCUUCAGGGACAGACCGAAGCUCCAUCACAGCCUCAGUUUCUCUGGCUUUUCCAGCCACCAUGGACUUGAUUCUCCCCUCAUCGAAAGCCCUACGUCCCGCACUCCUCCACCCCCUUCUUCCAACUCCUCAUGCUCGUCUAACUUUUACGAAGAUGUGCUGUCGCCAAACACGAUGCCUUGCGUCAACAACACCUUCGCUUUCCCUGGUCAAGACCUGAAAGCCUUUCUAGCUCCGCUGGCUGUACACACGCAGAAUGGCUAUGCCAACCAGACGAAUGGUGCUUACUAUGGGGGACUCCAGGCUAACAUGGGCCCCCCUUCUCCUCCCUACAGCAUCAGCCACUUGCAGUCCCUGCACCGCCUCUCGGAGUCGCCGGUGUUCGACUCCCCUCCUAGCCCACCUGACUCCAUCUCAGACCGGGAGAGCUAUGCAAGCGGGUCCCUCAGCUCUUCUGGAAGUCUCAGCGGCUCCGAAUCGCCAAGUUUGGAUGCUGGAAGACGUUUGCCAAUCUUCAGCAGGCUGUCGAUUUCAGAUGAUUAAUCUUUUUGUUGUUUUGUUAAUUACUUUUUGAGUGGACUUGAGGAUUUGAGAUUCCGAUAGUCAUCGCAAAUCAGACGGUGUCAACGACGUGUAACGUUUAAAGUGACAACAUCUGUUCACGAUAUCCAGGGGAAUGGAUGUUCAGAUCCUUUUCAUGGCAUUAGAUGUAUUUUCUGUAUGUGCUGAUAGCUAUACGAAAAUAGGUAUCAACAGAAGGCAUUCCACCUGUGACUUUGCGUUUGUGCUGCGUUUUAAUUCGCAGACUUUGGUCAAACAAGACCAGUCACUUUCCAGAGACAACAAGCUUUUGUGUACAAGACUUUUUUUUGAACGAUAGAGACAGAGCGGUUUCAGAUUUUCCUCCAUCCUACCAAGAAUAUGCCUUGACAAAGUGUAUCAGUUUUCAAAGUAUGUAUGCGUUUCUGAAAGCUUAAAACUUCCAUUCCAAAAGUUAAACCAGUUUCACAGCGCCACCCAGUGGUUUGGUUGUUUAGUGUAGUUUGUUGCUUAGUUGAAGCACUCUUGUUCGGUUUGUUGGGAAAUCACUGCUGAUGGUUGAAUCUAUAUUUUUUUAGCUGUUUUGAGUGAUCACAUAGCGGUGCGUAACUGGCUAUGAACUAUUUAACUUAUUUAUUAUGUUGUGAAAAGUAUAGGCUACAUUGGUAAUUGUGUCCAUACUGUAUUUAUCGAGUAUGAUGAAGCAAUAGAUCUAUAUUCUUUUAUUAUGUUUAAAUUAUGAUCGCCAUUAUUAAUCUACAUAAAGUGGAGUGUAUGUUCUUUUCACAGUAAUAUAUAUAUAUAUUUUUUGUUUGGUCUCUUUUGUAACUUCACUUCGUUAUUUUAUUGUAAAUGAGUUAAAAAAAAAAAUCUUAAUUUAAGAGAUUGUAUGUGAUAUUUAUUUCAUUAAUUUUGUUUCCUUGUUUACGUUCAUUAAAGUUUGCGUGAUUGCUGUUUGUUCGGAUGUUGCUUGUGGAAGGCGUUUUUUUUUAUUAUUAUUUUUUUUUUAAGAAUCCCUAGAUAUGUCCCUCUAGAGAUGUCUCUUUAGAAUGUAUAAACAGUGUGGUUGUCAAAGACCGUCCAAACUUGUACUAGCGUUAAGAUUUUUUUUCAUUCAGUUAAAGAAUACAUCUGAUAUCAGUGGCAAAGAUCCCAAGUAAAUAAAAUAACCAAAAAAGUAUUUUAUUUUUUACUUUUCCUUUUUUUUUUUAAAGAGAAAAAAAAAAAGAGUAGGCAACCAUACUGUGAUAGCAACCAUGUGCCUAAGAAUGUAGCAAUCCAGGCCCCAGUAUUAUUACAUAGUGCCUAAGGGGUUUCCACAUCUAACAUGCCUUACAAUUAACCAAAUAAAGUAUUUUCAUACA